AUGGCCUCCGCAACCUCCUUCCGUCACGACAUCCUAGGGAUCCCCAAAUCCAGCGCCUCGCCCAAAGACUCCGUCCUCGUAAUCAUCGACGCCCAGAACGAAUACGCCAAAGGCAAGCUCGCCGUCUCAAACCUCGAUUCCUCGCGCGCCGCCAUCCGGUCCCUGCUCGACAAGUACCGCCAAGCCGACGGCAAGAUCGUGCACAUCCUGCACUCUGUUCCGGAAGGUGCCCCCGUCUUCACGCCCGGCACGGAGCUCGAGAAGGAGUUUGAUGAGCUCGAGCCGCAGGGUAAUGAGAAGGUUAUUGUGAAGAAGUAUCCCGGCAGCUUCGCGGAGACGAGCCUUAGGGAUGAGCUGAAGAGCUUGCCGGACGAGGCGCCGGGCAAGAUCGUGCUGUGUGGGUAUAUGGCGCAUGUGUGUGUUAGCACGACGGCGAGGGAGGCGCAUCAACUGGGGUAUGAUGUCGUGCUGGCCGAGGAUGCCAUCGGGGAUCGUGACAUCCCGGGCGCGAGCGGCGAGGACGUUACGAGGAUGGUUAUGUUGGAGCUGGCUGAUAUGUUUGGAACUGUGGUGAAGAGCGAUGAGAUCAAAUAA